CUGCGCGCGGCGGGGCUGCGGCCUCUCCUGUGCGCGGCGGGCGCGGGGACGACCCCGGCCAGCGUCGUCUGGAGGAGCGUCCUGGGGAUCGCCCCGCGCGCAGGCAGUCAGGGCAGCUUCAAGGAAUUGGCCGCUCCAGUUCUUCUUUCCAGGGCUUCCGGCCCCAUGCCCGUGCUGUGACAUCUCCUAGGGUUGGCCUGGAGGCCCCGCAGGUGUGGCAGCUCUUCAGCCGAAGCAACUGCCACAAAAAGCGAAGAUGAGUCCUUCCUCCGCUGGUUUCUGCUUCUUAUUCCUGUGACUGCUUUUGGCCUGGGGACGUGGCAGGUCCAGCGUCGGAAGUGGAAGCUACAGCUGAUCGCAGAGCUAGAGUCGAGAGUUAUGGCUGAGCCCAUCCCACUGCCCGCAGACCCAAUGGAACUGAAGAACUUGGAGUACAGGCCCGUGAAGGUCAAGGGGCACUUCGACCACUCCAAGGAGCUGUACAUGAUGCCGCGGACAAUGGUAGACCCUGCCCGGGAGGCCCGGGAAGCCGGCCAACUCUCAUCGGCGGCUGAGAUCGGUGCCUACGUGGUCACUCCCUUCCACUGCACUGAACUGGGAAUCACCAUUCUGGUGAACAGAGGGUUUGUGCCCAGGAGGAAAGUGAAUCCAGACACGCGGCAUAAAGGCCAGAUCGAGGGAGAGGUGGACCUGGUGGGGAUGGUGAGGCUCACAGAGACCAGGAAGCCUUUUGUCCCCGAGAACAAUCCGGAGCGGAACCACUGGCAUUACAGGGACCUGGAGGCCAUGGCCAGGCUCACAGGCGCAGAGCCCAUCUUCAUCGAUGCGGACUUCAAGAGCACAGUCCCUGGUGGGCCCAUCGGAGGGCAGACCAGAGUCUCCCUGCGGAACGAGCACCUGCAGUACAUCAUCACCUGGUACGGACUCUGUGCGGCUACCUCGUACCUGUGGUGCAAGAAGUUCCUAAGUUGGACUCCUGGUGUGUGAGGUUAGCAGAAGUCACCCUGUCCCUGAACAACUGAAGCCACUUCAAGAGAUUUGGUUUUAUGCUGAUCAUGUGCUCUUGGUAUAAAUAAAUCUCUGCACCACA